AUGGAGAACAAAUCUCGUCUUGAUCGUGGGAGGCAUAAUCGUGCACCCUCCGUUCUUGUAUGGGAUGUUGUUAGGGAGACGGGAACAAGACAGCCAUACAGUACAACCUCUAGCAGUGAGUUCGCGAACGGCUUUCCAGGCGAUUCCCUCUACAACAUGGACAAGUUCGCUGUCAACAGCUACACCAAAAAUAAACAGCUGCAGUUCUCUUUCCAGAAUCAAAUUGGCCUCUGGUGCUCCGACAAUCUUGAGAAACCGGUAUCCUUUUCUGGUGACAAGGAAGGCUGGCUAGGCGUCUUGCUGGCCGACUCCACUGACGUUCGGGUGUACAACGCGCAGGCCACCUUCAUUCGACCAAUGGAGGAGUGUGAGCAGUUCCUCUUUGAGCUGAGAGCCACAACAUCCUCUGAGAAGAGUGAAACGCCGCUCGUGUCGUUUGCCUGGCACGGAUCGAUAGUUAAUUGCAUAAUCACCAUCGACCGGGCAGGGUGUCUCAAUGUGGCCAAGGUCCACGAGCUGACUGCCGUCACCUGGUCGCCCAACCACACGUUGCUUUGGACUUGUGGUUCCACAUGGCUCGGUUUGGAUCGGACGGGUUUGUUUGGUCCCAGGGGCUACGUGGUCUCGCGUCGAGGCAAGUCAGACGGACUGAAGACGUCGUCUAAUCUCAAUAAAUCGAUAAUUGAUGGGUUUACUAAGGUGGCAGCGAAGUUGGGUGACAACUUGGACUCGGUAAUUCAGAGGCGAGCCGAUGCCGGUUACGGCCUCGAGGCAAGCUUACUACUUAAAUCCAUCUCAGCAGUGCGUUUUGUUUCAGCCUUAUCUCGCGUCCUCUUUUUAAGUGGAAUUUUAAUUAUUUUCCAGGUCCAGAAUACGCCUUACUCGGCGAUCGUAGCAGACGACCCCCAGCUUAGAAGUCUGUGGGUUCUGAUCGAGUAUCUGCAGGAGUACAUUGAGGAUUGGGCUCCUCCAGGAAAAUGCCACGACACCCCCUGGGGCGGUGUGCGUGGGCGCGUCGGCGCUGGGGGCACCGGGGCGUGCGAUUUGCGCUGCCAAGGUGCCAUGGCGAUCCUCUGCAGCGGCAAAGCGGCCGCCUCCGAAGUCGCGGAGAGCUGCGAGUGGCACGGAAUCGACGCCAGCCUGACCUUCCCGCGUUAUUCCAGUCCUGAAAGGUCCCGUAUUCUGCGAAUGUGCAUGUGGCCGCUGGAUGCCUCGUCUGACGCACAGCGACGUGUUUUCGAAAGUGUUUGUGGCGACAUGGAGUUCGAGCGGGCAGCAGCGAUGGCCCUCAUCAACCUCCAAUUCGACUGGGCGCUCAGUUUCCUCUCCCGCGCGUCAGAAUGUCGAAGGUCGAAGGAGAAUGGGGACGCGGCCGCGAACGAAGCCGACAGAAAUGGCGCUAGUCUCGCCUCCGCCUCCUCCGCCCUCAGCGCCACUGAAACCGACCUCACCGGACUGGCGCUUUCGGGCUUCUCGGAUCCGCGGAACCAAUUCUGGCGUAGCACCUGUGCCGACGUGUUGGCCCGUCUGAACAACCCCUACCUCCGCUUCAUGUUCAAAUUCCUCACGUGUUCUCGCGGUGAUCGUGGCGACAUCAAGGACUUCAAGGAGAUCCUGGAGAACGAAGAUCUCAUCCUCAUCGAUCGCUUGGCUUUCGCCUGCCUCUACCUCAACGAUCAGGAGCUGCGCGACUACGUGCGUUCGACGUUUGAGCACAUGCUCCAGGGUGGGCGUCUGGAGGCGGUGCUGCUGACGGGACUUUCAUCGCCCGAGUUCUUCGACCUCCUCCAACGCUACGUGGACCUCACGUCCGACGUCCAGACUGCCGCCAUUCUCGGUCUCCACGCGUGCAGUUUGUGUCGCUAUCCCACGCCUGGGCCUCCUAUCGGUUCUAGUCUGGGUGUUCGUCGGGGCUCCGGUCAAUCGCAGGCGUCCAACAGGUUCCGAGUGCGAUCUGGCAAGGACGUGGGCGACACGACGAAGUCGACGCCUUCCACACCACCUGGAGAUCAGCUGGUUGCCAAGUUGGGCGGUAGGCGGUUGACCAACUGGGUCGAAAGUUACACUCAAAAGACCCAUUCAACACCUCUCGUGGAACUAGUCUCUCACUCGAGGCGUUUUUCAAUAAACCCAGCAACGUUCGGAUACUUCACAUUAACUCCAGGUGUCCUCAAAGCAGAGUCUCAGCUGCCUAAGCAAAAUAAAGCCACUGUAGUUGUCACCGAUGUUGCUGACCCGUCAAAUGUCAUCCUGGACUCCACCGCAAUAAAACCGACUGAUCUAAAUGUUGCCCUGGCUGCCGUAGACACCAUAAAUCACAUUGAAAAUCGAGACGCCUACACCAGAUGUCAGUUUGUCCGCUGUUUCGCACGUCACGAGUCUGCCUGUCUCAUUUCGGCUGGCCGAUUUGCGUCCGCCGCCACCGCCUUGUCGGAAGUGCGCACAAUUUUGUGCACCCACGUGACUGGGUGGCGUCGUGACGAGCGCGAACAUCAUCUGCCUCACAUGGCCAGAGGACACUCAGUCGAGCGGACCGUGUUCACCCCAAGGCGUGAUCUCGCUGACCACGUUUUGCAACAAAUCAACGACGCCUGCUUCGUUUCAACUCCACCGUGA